GGGGCCGGGGCCCAAGAGCCCUCCCCACCCAACACCGAGCGGAGGCUGCCCCAGGGGAGCGAGGGGCUCCAGUCGCCAGCGCCCGCUCGGGAAGCCGCAGGGCAGCUGCGGCCACACGGCGAGAUGGGCCAAGCUCUGCAGGUCAAGAGAUGUGAUGUCCAGGCGGCAGGGAACAACCAGGCUCACCACACGGCCGCCAUCAGCACGGAGCGCCUGGUGGUGCGGCGGGGGCAGCCCUUUGCCCUCACCCUUCACUUCGGCUCCCCUGUGCCGGGAGGGGGCCUGAGGCAGCUGCGCAGAACCUCCCUGGUUGCACAGACAGGGCCGCGGCCAUCCAAGGCAGACGGGAGCCUGGUGGAGAUCCCCAUCUCCAGGCUGGACAACUGGACUGGCUGGGAAGUGGCUGUGGACGCCCAAGAUGCCUCCUCGUGGUCGCUGGUGGUGACCGCCCCACCUGACGCCCCCGUCGGUCACUACGCCCUGCUCUUGCGGCAUGUCUCAGCCCUGGGCCAGGCGACGCAGUGUCCACUGGCCAGCUUCGCUCUGCUGUUCAACCCCUGGUGCCGAGGAGACAGUGUGUUCCUGCCCAAUGAAGCCCAGCGGCAGGAGUACGUUUUGAACCAGGACGGCACCAUCUACUGGGGGCUGGAGGAGGCCCCUCAGGAACAGCCGUGGGACUUUGGCCAGCUUUCAGGAGACAUGGUGGACAUCAGCCUGGCCCUGCUGGAGGUCAUCCGCCUCUUCUGGCCGCCGGAUGCAACGCCGCCGCCGCCGCGUCCCUGGGAGCUGCGGAGCCCCCUCCACGUCUGCCGCCUCCUCAAUGCCCUGCUGAACAGCGAGGCACACCGAGCCCUCCUGGAGGGCUGCUGGACGGGAGAGCACAGCGACGGGACUCCCCCUUUCCAAUGGCCCGGCAGCCUCCCCAUCCUGCGCCAGUGGCUGGCCACCCGAUGCCGGCCCGUCCGCUAUGGGCAGGGCUGGGUAUCUGCUGCGGUCCUGUGCUCAGUGCUGAGGACCUUGGGCAUUCCCACGCGGGUGGUCAGCAACUUCUCCUCCUCGGCCGGCGCCCUGAGUGUGGAAGAGCGCUUUGAUGAGAACGCAGCCCUGAUCUCCAGCACCUCGGAGGAGGAGGAGGACGAGGCUCGCGUCUGGCCUUUCCGCGUCUGGAACGAGUGCUGGAUGAGCCGCCAGGACUUGGAGCCGGGCUACCAUGGGUGGCAAGCCAUCGACGCCACACCCCAAGACACAGGGAGGGGGCUGCACUGCUGCGGGCCAGCACCAGUGAAGGCCAUCAGGGAGGGCCGCCUGGACUUGCCUUAUGACGUGGCCACCUUCUUUGCGGCCACCAAUGCCACGUGCAUCCCCUGGGUGCGCCUGGAGAGCGGAGCGCUUGAGCCUGCCUUUUCCAGCCCAAAGUAUGUCGGCAACUACAUCAGCACCAAGGGGGUGGGCAGCGAGCGCUGCGAGGACAUCACCCACAACUACAAGGCUCCCGAAGGGUCUGCAGAGGAGACGGCUGUCCUGGAGAAGGCCUGGCAAACCCUGGCGGAGCGGCAGGAGCCGGGCCGAGGGGGCACGGGGUGCCGGGCCCCACCGUGGCUGAGGCCGGGAGCCCAGGCAGAGGUGGAGGCGGAGGAGCCUCUCCUCCUCUUUGCCCGCCUCCAGGCGGAGGAGAGCUCCCUGGCCCUGGGACGGGACGCCCGGCUCUCCGUGGCCGUGGCCAGUGCGUCCAGCCGGGAGAGGCCCCUGCAAGUGGUGCUGGGAGCCCAGGCCCUGCGGUACGACGGCCGGGCCCUGCAACAGUUCUGGAAGGAGGAGUUUCACGUCACCGUCCGGGACCGCCACGAGCAUGUCCUGCGCACCACGUUGCCUUACGCAGAGUACGGCCCUGCCCUUAAGAGCAGCCUCUUGCUGAAAGUCACCGCCCUGGUGAGGGACCGGCCCCCGCUCAGCACCCGCAGCCCCGCCUUCCUGGCCUGGCAGGAGAUCCACCUCGCGGCGCCAGGCCUCCUCGUCCAGAUCCCAGAGUCGGUCACCCAGUUCCAACCGACCGAGGCCAAGGUCCAGCUGCACAACCCGCUGCCUGAGCCCCUGGCAGACUGUGUGGUCUCUGUGUCCGGACGGGGGCUGGUGCACAAGGAGAGGAGCUACCGGCUGGGGCCCAUAGAGGCAGGCGCCACCCGUCACCUGAGCAUCCCCUUCACGCCCACCCAGGCCGGGGCCCGGAGGCUGACGAUACACGUGGGAAGCAGCAGUCUGCUCCAGCCCCGCCGGACCCUCGAGACCAUUCGGGUCGCCCGGGCCGCCACGCAGAGCUCCCCUCUCUCCAGGGAAGCACAGUAAGCAGCCGACAGAGAGACGCAGAGGCUGUCCUGCUGCACGCCGGCCAUUAAAGGCUCCUGACUGGUGACCCCAA